AUACUGGGCGAUAUUCCAUUCAGCAGGAUGAUGUCAGCUGAAAAGUCCGUUAAGUUGGAGAAUGCUUGCAUUCCUUUGAUUUAAUUUCUUAAGACAUGCUAAGUUCAUGGUUUUGUUAUGCUCGUAUAACACUUUUACGGAGAAUGUCGAUAAAACAACAGGAGUCCGUUUUGGUCGGAGCUAGUCAACUGCACAAGCAAGCUUUAUCCGUGCUUCAAACCUCUGAAAUAACCAUGUCGGCGGUAGGGCACGUCAACAAGAUUCCAACUAUCAGAGGAACGGAUAUCAUGAGAGAUGCGAGGCUAAACAAGGGAACUGCAUUCACCUUACAAGAACGCCAAAUCCUCGGAAUUCAUGGUCUUCUUCCUCCAUGCAUAUCAACUCAAGAGAUUCAGGUCCAAAGAAUGUAUGGAGAACUUCACAGAAAGGCCAAUGAUCUUGAAAGAUACAUCCAACUGAUGUCGCUUCUAGAAAGAAACGAAUCCUUAUUCUUCAAAAUCUUAAUGGAACACACAGAGGAACUGAUGCCAAUUGUUUACACUCCAACAGUUGGGCUUGCCUGCCAGAAGUAUGGUCUGAUAUUUCGGAGACCAAGAGGGCUGUUUGUUUCCAUUAAUGACAGAGGUCAUAUUGACAAACUAGUAGCAAACUGGCCGGUUGAAAAUGUGAAGGCCAUAGUGGUAACAGAUGGGGAGCGUAUCCUUGGCCUGGGUGACCUUGGUUGCUGUGGGAUGGGGAUACCUGUUGGUAAGCUGGCACUGUACACAGUUUGCGGCGGCAUUGACCCAGGAGUGUGUCUUCCUGUUAUGAUUGAUGUAGGAACUAAUAAUCAGGCUUUACUGGAUGAUCCUCUCUAUAUUGGAGUACCCCAGAAACGUGUGACUGGUCAACUGUAUGAUGAUUUGAUUGAUGAAUUCAUUGGAGCUGCAACUGCACGAUUUGGUGAAACAGUUUUAAUCCAGUUUGAAGAUUUUGGCAAUCACAAUGCCUUCAGAUUCUUGGAAAAGUACAGAAAUAAGAUAUGCACUUUCAAUGAUGAUAUUCAAGGAACAGCUUCUGUCACAGUUGCUGGAAUUCUUGCAGCAUUGCGAAUUACCAAGAACAAACUUGCAGAUCACAAGUUUCUUUUUCAAGGUGCAGGAGAGGCUGCCAUUGGUAUUGCUGAUUUGCUUGUUCGAGCCAUGUUAAAGAUAGGACUAUCUGAAGAGGAAGCGAAAAAGAGAAUUUGGUUGGUAGAUUCAAGAGGACUGGUUGUUAAGGAUCGCGCAGUUGGAGGAUUAAAUAAAGAAAAACUAAAAUAUGCCCAUGAAGCAAAUCACAUCAGCACUCUUGCAGAAGUUGUCAAAACCAUUAAACCAACUGCUAUAAUUGGUGUUGCAGCAGUGGCUGGAGCAUUCACUGAAGAAAUUGUCAAGGCUAUGGCUUCCUUUAAUGACCGACCCAUCAUCUUUGCUCUGAGCAAUCCAACCUCCAAAGCAGAAUGCACAGCAGAACAAGCUUAUAUGUGGACUGAUGGUAAAGCUGUGUUUGCCAGUGGUAGUCCAUUUGCUCCUGUUACUCUCGCUGAUGGUCGUCAUUUCAUACCUGGCCAAGGAAACAAUGCCUACAUAUUUCCUGGUGUGGCAUUGGCUGUGAUUGCCUGUAAAGCUCAACAUGUGACUGAUGACAUGUUCCUUCUUGCUGCAGAGUCCUUAGCCAAUCAAGUGGAAGCAUCUCAGUUGGAGAAAGGUUGCCUAUUCCCUCCACUGAAAGAAAUUCGAGAGGUAUCCACUAAAGUGGCUGUUGAUGUGGUGAAACUUGCAUAUUCCAGUGGUUUGGCAACUAUUCAUCCUGAACCCGAGGAUAAGGAACAGUUAGUAAAAGACAACCUGUACAGUCCAGAUUACAUGUCGUACAUUCCACACACCUACAACUGGCCCAAGGAGUAAAUAAUUACUGCUUCCAGCAGAAAUGAAAUGGAUAAAACAAGACGGUAUUUAAUGGUGUGGGAGAAAAUGGAAUGAAAACAAAUAAUAAAAUGGGAUUAAUUGUC